GCCGCACUCUCCGGGUCCCUCCGAUCCAACUCCAGAGUCUAACCCAGGGAAGGAAACUAGAAUUUCUCCUCCGAGGGUGGAUGUAGAAAGCUUCUCCCGCCCGGAGAACCGGAGGCCGGGUCACUUCCGCUCCCGGCGGCCCCCAGACUAGAAGCGGAAGUGCGCGGCGGAGGCGGCGGCGGGCGAUGGCUCUGCAGGGUGCUCACGGCAUGCUUCGCUGGGAGUAUCUCCCCGGGGUUUGCAGAGAGGAUGCCUGCUGAGACCUUAAACCCUGCCACUGGCGUCAUGGAAUCAGUCAUCUUCGAGGAUGUGGCGGUGAGGCUCAUCCAGGACUGGGCGUUGCUGAAUGGCGCGCAGAGGAACCUGUGCAGAUACGGGAUACUGAACAACUGCAAGACACUGGCUCCCGGGGGGACUUCACCAUGCAAACCCAGGCUUGUUUCCCAGGUGGGGCCACCAGAAGAGCGGAGGGCAGCAGAACAAGGCAUCCUCCGUACCAUGGGUGUGGACUGGGAAUCUCAACUGAAACCCAAAGAGUCUACUCCUAUGCAGGAUAUUUUGGAGGAAAAUUCAUCUCAUGAUUUGCAAAUGGCAAGAUUCACGGGGCCGGGGCUGGACCUCAGGAUGCAGGUCAGGCCCAUGAUGGGGGAGAGGAGGAUGCCUUCAACUCCGGAGGACCAGUCAGCUCUCCGGGAGUUGCCUUGGCCUUCUGGAUACACAAGUUCAGACGUGAGUCAGCCUAGAGAUUUGGUAGAGGUGGGAAUUGACACCCAGAGGGGCAGGUUGCCAUCUGAGUUGGAGAGUACUGAGGGAGAAGAGAAGAGGAAGGUCUGUGAUGUGGGGUUGCCAACCCGAGGCGUGAUGGAAGAGGAGCUUAUACAAGGGACCAAGAAGAAGGCUGGGGGUGUGGGCACCAUGUGUGACCCUGUGACUCUGUCUGCUCAGGGCCCCAUGUGGCUCCAGGAGGACAGUGUAGAGGAAGAUCCUGGGGUGCUGACCACCUGUGUACAGGAACCAGUCACCUUCGCAGAUGUGGCUGUGCUCUUCACCCCAGAAGAAUGGAUGUUUCUAGACUCUGCUCAGAGAAGCCUGUACAGAGAUGUGAUGCUAGAGAACUACAGGAACCUGGCCUCUGUGGGAGAUCAACUGUGCAAACCCAGCGCCUUUUCCCAUUUGGAGCAAAGAAAAGAGCUAUGGACCACCGGGAGAGGGAUCUUCCCAGGAACCUGUCCAGGUGAGCACCCAGCACCAGCUCUGGGGCUGAAGGUGGCUGUGCGGAUUCAGAGGGUGGCCACGCCAGAGCCUGCGCUGGGCCUCCCUGACCCGUGGGUGGCUGGGGAUUCUGCCUUCAAGUACUCCUCGAACCUGCGGCGCCACAUGAGAACUCACACGGGAGAGAAACCCUUUGAAUGUCAUCAGUGUGGGAAAACCUUCACGAGGAACUUUAACCUGAUUUUGCACCAGAGAAACCACACAGGCGAGAAGCCCUACGAAUGUAAGGACUGUGGGAAGGCUUUUAACCAGCCAUCCUCUCUGAGGAGCCAUGUGAGAACUCACACCGGCGAGAAGCCCUUUGAGUGCAGUCAGUGCGGGAAAGCCUUCCGGGAGCACUCGUCGCUGAAGACCCACCUGCGAACUCACACCAGAGAGAAACCGUAUGAAUGUAACCAGUGUGGGAAGCCCUUCCGGACGAGCACCCACCUGAACGUGCACAAAAGGAUCCACACAGGGGAGAAACUUUAUGAGUGCACGACUUGUGGUCAAGUGUUGAGCCGUCUCUCAACCCUCAAGAGUCACAUGCGAACCCACACGGGAGAGAAGCCCUUUGCGUGCCAAGAAUGCGGGCGAGCCUUUAGUGAGCCCUCAUCCCUUAGAAAACAUGCGAGGACCCACACUGGCAAGAAGCCCUACGCAUGUCAGGAAUGCGGGCGAGCCUUCGGUCAGUCUUCACACCUCAUCGUACAUGUGAGAACCCACAGUGCAGGGAAACCCUAUGAAUGUAAUCAGUGUGAGAAAGCCUUCAGACACAGCUCUUCACUGACUGUGCACAAGAGGAGUCACGCCAGGACAGAGAACAUUAGCAAUGGUGGCCUGCCGUUAUCAGUGUCCCAUUCGUAUGGUGGGCCCCUCACUAAUUAACUUUCAAUUUGGAAAGAUACAAACAUUUGGGCCUAUAAUUUUCUCUCAUAGUGCUCGUUUAGCUACAUCACAUAUUUUAAUGUAAUUUCAUUUUUGUUUGAGCCUGUCGUCUUAGUUUCCAUUAUCACUAAAUCGUUGACAUGACUUAUUUGGAAGUAUAGUUUUAAAUAACUGUAUAUGGUUACGUUUUUGUAGAGGUAUAAUUACUUACAGUGGAAUACAUAAAUCGUACAAGUUGGAUGAGUUCGACAGAUGUAUACAUAUACGCAACAAACACCCCACUCAAGUUAUAGAACAUUUCUGUCAUUCUGGAAAGUUCCUGCAUGUAUCUGGGUGUUUUUUUUAUUUGCCUUUUUGUUGCUAGUUUCUAAUUUAAUUACACUGCGAGCAGAGUAUGUGGUCAUUUACCAUUGAGUCUUAGGUAUUUGCUUUUGAGAUUUUCUUUUAGGUCUAGUAUGGUGCAUCCUGCGAGUUACCUACCAAAACCGCACCUUCUUCCUUACAAUAGAAUCUAGGGGCUUUGUUCAGAGUGGUAAUGUACACUAUUAAAAAACCUCCAUCUCCUAGUCCUUGCAGUUAGGGGAGGCCAUGUUCCCCAGUUCUGGUCAGUGUGAGAAGUUUUUGGAUGUGACUCCUGGGAACGAUGUUGGAAAAGAAGUGGUUUCAUUUAGCGAGAACUUCUACUUGCCGUUUGUGCAGGCAGACACAAGGAGCCAUCCUGUGACCAUGAGAGUAAAAGCCACAGGCUACAGAGAGUGUGGCCAGAAGUCACAACUGUGCUGGUUCCCUAGUUUGUGUCUUUGUGUGUCUGCACCAGCCCUGGACUGUUUAUUUAUGGAGAUCUUGUUACACAAAAAAGAUGCACUUCUUACUGGUUUUUACCUGUUCUCACAGGGUUCUGUUUUUGUGUUUUAAAAAUCUUUUCGCUGAGGUAUAAUGUAUGUAACAGUUCAUAAAUCUUAAUGCACACCUUGAUGGAUUUUAUGUAUGUCUCUACUACCUACAUCAAAAUAUAAAAUUUUUUUUUCACAGAAUGUUCCCUUGGGCCCUACCUCACUCAAUGAGCCCCAUUCCUAGAGGUAAUCAGUAUUCUGACUUCCAUCACCAUGGAUUUGUUUUUCCUGCUCAUAGAAAUGAAACCACACACUAGGCCCUCUUGUGUCUGUUUUUUUUUUCACUUAAUACAGUGUCCAUGACAUUUAUCUUUGUUGUAUUAUCAAUAGUUUAUUCUUUUAAAAAAUUGCUGUGUAAUAGUCCAUCAUCUGAAUAUACCAGAAUUUAAAAAAUCUAUUCUGUUUAUGGACAUUUGGGUUCUUUCCAGGUUUGGCUGUUAUGAAUGAAGCUGCUAUGACUAUUCUUGUGCAAGUCUUACUGUGGACAUAUGUUCUCAUUUCUCUUGGGAAUAAACCUAGGUGUGGAACUGCUGGGUCA